AUGUCGGAAAGAAGAGAUCCACCCGAUCAUCGCACCACAUUCAUCAUCACCACCACCACCACCACUCCAUGUCCAAUUCUUACAUUUAAAUUAGAGAAUGCUCUCAAACUCCACUCAACAAACUUGAUUCAUCCCUCACAAGGGAUUGAUCUUUCUGUUUCUCCGACUGCAAAAUAUGCUUCCUUUCCCUAUCAUGAUUACACUCCUUAUGCUCAAUUUAUUUCUAAAGAAGAAUUAUUGAAAGAGUUAAAAAUUGAUUCAUGUUGCAACAAGACAGACCAAACAUCAAGUUUAAUUAAUGAAUCAUGUGAUGUUUCUUCAUCAAGCAAUGGAGUGUGUAUUGUAACAAGAAAUAUUAUUCUAUCCAAUAGUCAUGCAGGAACUCAUGCCGAUCAACCAAAACAUUUUGAAAAAUCUCCAAUUAUUGAAAAGUUUCAUACCAUUCAAUACAAUGGUGAUUGUAUAAUUGUCAUGUUAGAACAUUUAUUGAAUGACUCAUUGACUAUUUCAAAAGAAUUGAUUGAAAAUGUUUUUCAACACAUUCAAAUUCCAAAAGAAGAAAUCUUUCGAAUCAUUUUGAAAACUAGAAAACAUCAUCCAACCAAUGAUGUUGAAUGGACCAAUGAUUUUUGUCAUCUUUCCAAAGAAGCUUCUCAUUUUCUGGCAAAUGAAUUUCCAAAUUUACUUUUAAUUGGUAUUGAUACUCCUUCCAUCGAUCAUCCUAAUAAGGCUCCAAUUAUUGAGCAUUCACAUGGUGAAUUUUGGAAACAACGAAUAGCAAUUUUAGAGAAUUUAAAUUUGAGUAGGGUGGAAAUGAGAAAUGUAUCUCCUCUUCCUCCUCUUCACAACAACAACACAAAUCUCUCUUUGAAAUCAUCAACAUCAUCAGAUCUGGUGUCAUCUCCUCUUUUCAAAAGAGGUUAUUUACAAACAAUUUUUAAUCCCUUACAAAUGGGUGAAGAUGCCAUUGGUUGUUUUGUAUUGUUUUAUCCUUACUAA